UUCACCAGCAGAGGAGCAGCUCUCCUCUUCUUCCUCUCCUGCGUGCAAAGGUCUCAGGAUGUCGCUGAAUGUGCCGACCAGCAACGUGACCAACAAAACCGACCCCAAGUCCAUCAACUCGCGGGUGUUUAUCGGCAACCUCAACACGGCGGUGGUGAGCAAGUCAGACGUGGAGAACAUUUUCUCCAGGUACGGCCGCGUGCUCGGCUGCUCCGUACACAAGGGCUACGCCUUCGUCCAGUACGCCAACGAGAAGCACGCCAUGGGCGCCGUCGCUGGCGAGAACGGUCGGGUGCUGGCAGGGCAGACGCUCGACAUCAACAUGGCGGGAGAGCCUAAACCCAGCAGGGACAAAACCACAAAGCGACCGUCUUCUUCACACUACAGCACCUACGACUUGGACUACGAGCACUUCAGAGACGACUUGUACAAUGAGAUGUUGUCUUCACGUGGAGGCUUAAAAUUGCUGAUGGAGUACGGUGGUCAAGUGUUGCCAGACGCGCGAUUGGUGCCAGUCAAAGGCCUGCGGGUGGCGCCCCCUUUCGUCCGUCGGCUCACAUCUCUCCCAGUUAGAACGCUGCCGCGUAACGCAAACAUGCUUCCUGGCGGUAAGCACAGACCAGUCAGAGGAGUCCAACUGCGGGCCAUCAAGUCCCAGCUGACUCAGAUUAAAGACCACAUUGAAGCUUUGCUGCGACGACUGGACCGCAUCGCUAAAGACGCACACCUCAGCUGCACAGAAAAGAGGACGUCGUUGCAGCGAUACAGCGAGGAGGGGGUUUGGCAGGGAGAGGAAUGUAGCUUGGAUGUUGAAGAAGCUGAUGAGGAGGACGCGGAUCCACGGCCGGGCAGCGAGGGCGACGAGGAAGAGGACAUGCAAGGCGACAACCACAUGGUGCAUCCAAAACUUCUAUACAUUCAUCAACUAUUUGUUUUUUUGUUUUGUUUUUAAACAAGGGCAUGGGUUUCCAAAGUGUAGCAAACGGCCCUCGAUGUAUUAUAGAAAUACAAUUAUUCUUAUGAGUCUUCAAGUCAACGUUGCGCAUCAGUCUCUACAGUGGAUGCUAAAAAAAAAUAUCAAUAAAAUACAUGCAAAAAGUGUACUGUCCCCCCACAGUACAUGUCCAUCCAAAACAAAAAUGUGGACAUGAAGCAACAAGAAGCUAAUAUUCUUGUGGAAUUCUGAGCAUUGAUUUUGUGAUUUGAGAAAAAUUGUCAUUAAUCUUGCGUCCACUAAAUUGGACAUACAGUACGUUGCUGGCUAUAGAUAGAUAGAUAGAUAGAUAGAUUGUACUUUAUUGAUACCUUCAGGAGAGUUCCCUCAGGAAAAUUUCAAUUCCAGCAGCAGUGUACAGAAUUGAGAACAAAUUUAAAAAGUAAAUAAUGGGGAUAUAAAUGGAAAUAAAAUAUAACAAUAAGAAUAAAAAUAAAAAGCAACAAUAAGAAUACAAAUAUAACAGUAAAAAUAAGAAUAUAACAAGAGAAACUAGGCAGUAGUGACCAUGUUAUAACAAUGUUUUUUAUUGUUUUGCAUCCCCUAUCAUCCGAGUACCCCACUCCCCCCCAGAGAGGAGCUGUACAGUCUGAUGUGGGACAAAGGAGUUUUUUAGUCUAUUACAUUUUGACUGCCGUAUGUAUAGUUUUGCUGCGACUCUGUUGUUUUUUGACAAUACUUCAUCCGCAGUAACUUUAGAGCGCAAAUCAAUCAAUUUAUGUCAUUAAAAUUGUAAAUGUCCUGGUUAAAAUGCAGCCAUUUUUUGUGGACUAUCAUGUUUCUCAAACAAUAUUUUUUAAGUCAGAAGGUUUUUGCAACACUGUCCAUCUAUCGACGCAUUGUUAGAUAUCAUUAAAAAAACAUAUUAAAAGUGAAUGGCAAAGGCAAGGC